AUGUCACAACAAUCUGAAGAUGAUCCUUCUUCCACAUCUCCUUUAUUAUUCAGCACACCUCCAAAUGAAAUUUAUUUUGGUGAAACAACGAUAGAGGAAGGAGGUGAAGGAAUUGAAAAAAUUAUUUCAACUGAAGAAAAAAUAAUUUCUGAGACUAAAAUAAAUUUCGUGGAUGAGCCGAUGAAGAGGGUAAACGCUGAAGAAGGAAGUCAUAAAGGAGAAGGAGGUUUGGAGAGACAGCCUGAUGCCUUUGGAACGAGUUUGAAUCAACAAAACUCUUUGGAAGACAAAUUUAAAUCGUUUAGUAUGGAAGAAAACGAAGAAGAAAAUGUUGGGGAAUUAAACGAGGAUAUGGAUUUUAAAGAAGAAAAAAGGGAAAACCACAAAAUUUCACAAGAAAAGAAUGACUCAUCGGCUGCUAAAAUUAAUAUUAAUAAUAAUGAAAUACUUGUUAGCAGUCAAAUGAUGGAUGAUAAACCAUGUGCUUCUUCAGUCAUUUUCUUCUCCCCAAAUAAUAAUACAAAAAUGGAAGAAAUUUUGAUGGAACAAGGAGAGGAUUCUGAAAAACAAGGAGAGGACUCUGAAGCUAAAUUGGACCUCCCUGAGGAUCUCUCAACUAAAAAUAAUAGGGAGGAAGAGCAUGAAGACCCUGAACCUCUCCAAUCAUUUUCAAAUAAAAAUAGUAAUUUACUCGGGACAACACCAACGACUUCAAGUAUUUCGUGUAUAAAAAUGUCUGCUUCAAUUGCUGAUUUACUCCCUUCAAGAUUCCCUAUAGAAGAAAACGAACAAAAUAAAAAUAAUAAAAAAGAAAGUAAAUUGGAAGGUUUGGCUGCGAAAACAGCAAAAAUGGUUUAUUCAGCAACAUUUAAUAAUACAUUUCCAAGUUGUGAAGGUGAAGGAAGUAUGGGAAAAGAGGAUAUGAAGAUAAAGAAGCUCAAUCAAAAGCCUUUGGAAGGUGAUAUAACUAAUAAAAACAACAGCAACAUUCCAACAACCAAAGUAAACACUACUAAUCGACGUACCAGCCUCUCCAAAAUAUUUACCAAUUUUCGUCUUCAACUAGAAAAAACAAAAACAGCAUUUUUAACAACUUCCUCAUCUACAGAUGAAUUGAAAAAGCCUUUAAAUAAACGAAAAAAUUUAAAUAAUAUUCCAAUAACCCGCUCAUUUACAACUUCCCUAGCUUCUCCUUCAACUUCUUCAAGUUCGUUAGAUAAUUAUUUGCGAAGGAGGAGGGAAAACAAAAACAAAGGAGGUGGAGGAGGAAGCUUUUUAAAGAAAAAAUGUGUUGAGGAAAAGAUGGACAAACAACAACAACAACAAUACUACACAACAACAGAAGACUUUACUGCUUCCAAUUCAGAACAAUUAACAAUUUUGUCUGGUCAACGUGUUGAAAUUUUAAAUAAUUGUGAUGUUGGAGAAGACAACAACAACAAUAAUGAAUUCGUUAAAGUAGCUGUUUUGGACAAAUCUGAUCAAAGAGAAAAUGAAGGAAUGGUUCCUAAACGGAUAUUGACGCCUUUAGAUAGUCCUGGUGGGUUUUGA